UUGAAUGAUUAUAUUCGUGGUCCUAGUCACUGCGUAAAGGGACUGAAGCCUUCACAUUCAUAUGUCUUUGCUGUCCGAGCUGAGAAUUCGAACGGUUUGGGGCCUCCGUCAGAAAUAAGCGAAGUUGCACAUACAAGUUCUGCUCGAAGUAGUUAUGAUGGUGACGUAUUGUCGUAUUCAAGUCUAGAUUCAAAAAUGGCUUUACGAAGCCUUGGUUCAGCACAGUUAGUGAAACUAAGAGACGUUCGGACAGUUAACUCAACAGCAGUUGAAGUGUCAUGGAAGACUCUUCACAUGGAACCAUUGAUAGAAGGUUAUUACAUACAGUGGAGGCUUCCUAAUAGCCCCGAUACCAAUUAUAUAAAAGUUGGGACAAGGGAAGCACAAAGUGCUAUUGUAAAUGGUCUGAAACCAUUUACACACUAUGAUUUUUUUGUUACUCCUUACCACGGACCGGAUCGAGGAAGACCUAGCAAUUCUCUCGAGGGGAAAACCGACGAAGCUCCUCCUGGUGAGCCGCCUCCGGAAGUUAGAGUACGUAUGAUGAAUAUAACUACUUUAAGGAUAUCAUGGCAGAAGCCACCUCAGGAAACAUUAAAUGGGAUUUGUGUUGGUUAUCAGGUUACCAUUACUGGUAGAGGACUGCGUUACAGCAGAAAUAUAACUACCAGUGAACGCGCUGCUAGUGUUACUUUAUUCAAUUUAGAACCCAAUAUGUCCUACACUGUCAAAGUAGCUGCACGGACGAAGGCUGGGAUUGGUGCAUUUCGAAAGCUUGAUCCAGUCGUUAUGAAUGAACAGACACUACAGGAGCAUAAGCGUUUAAUGCACUCUUCCUCUGGUGUUAGGAAUAUAUUACAAGUGUUUGAGAAACCGUGGUUUAUUCCAGUUGCUGCCGUUCUUAUUUGGCUUAUUCUUGUUGCAAUUAUUGCUUUUAUAUAUUGGAAGUGGAGGAGCUUGCGUGGGAAGGCCAAUAGAAUGCCAUUUAUAAAAAUAAAUGAUGGAAGUGUUCAUAUGACUGCUCGAGAUGCAAUGUGGAUGGAUCAUCCAAACUUUAAUUCAGCUCAGCGAUCUUUACUUUUAAGCGGGGCUGUUUCAAAUGGUAGUUGUGGGGCUCCUCCCGUCUAUACUCAAACUCCUCAUCACGCUGACUAUUAUAUAGAUGGCCAAAUGGCUCAUAGCGAAUAUCCAAUUAACCUUAUGAAUACUAUUAAUCGAUCACAGUCACCGAAUCAUUAUCAUUAUGCUUCUUUGUCUGGCAACCCAAUAGUGCCAACUUUUUGUGGCGGCGGAAAUCAAAUUAUGGAUGACCCAUCUCCAUAUGCCACUACUACCUUGGUAAUGAAUAAUAGGAGGAAGUGGAUCCAAGAUAACAUGGUGAAACCCCCUGUUUUGCCAUCGAAUCCUGUCCCUUCAGGUCCGCCACCCCGUUACUUGCUUAGCUGCGACUCGAAUACCAUGAGUGGAAGACGUUCAGUAAAUCUGAGAGCUCAUCCUCUGGUAGAAUCUAGAAGUCAGGGUUUCACCAAACAAGAGAGUCCUCCGCAUACAGACGUUUCAUAUGUGCAGUCGUCUGAUGGCACUGGAGGCAGUUCGAACGGGCGAACUAAGUUGGGAACACUUGGCAAUGGUCGCCGAACUCCACCUAAACAAACUUUAAUGGAUCUUUUACCUCCUCCGCCUUCUGAAGCUCCCCCUCCUGAGGAGACUUCAGAAGUUGAAGCUUCAUCUAACCAAGUGUCGAGUAAUGUGGCAGACGAGAAAGCUCAUUUAAGAGUGCGAACGAAUGAGCUCUAUGACACUGUAUCUGAAAACUUAUUAGGUGAGAAUGAGAAAAGGUAUAAUCACAGCAGUACUGGUUUACCGAACAAUAGACCAAAUAGUCGGCUGAGAUCUGAGCUUAUUAUUUUUUGGUGCUUUACAGGUUAUCGAAGCAACGGUAGCGGAAGGCAAGAAGAAGAUGAUAGUCAGCGAUCUUCACUUAUGAUGGACGAAAAUGGGUGCUCGACUUUUUGUUCUUCAUCUGAAGCUGAUGAGGAGAAUUCUGACGGAGACGAGAAUCAGUUUUCUAACAGGAAUGAUGUAGGUAGCGGCACAGACCAUGUUCAGCAUCGACCAUUACAGCCCUGCAUGGGCGUAAGCGCCUCCGCGCUCUCACAAAGUUCCUGUAUGCUUUUUUAA